AUGCGCUCCGCAGCCAAGGUCUUUUACUUGGCUGUUUUUGCCUUUCUAAACCUCACCUCCGCCAAUCAUGGCGGCCAUGAGCAAUCCAAACUUGAAGUGGACACCUGCGCUAUUGACCCUAGUGCCACGGUGUCCGACGCCUGCGUUUCCUAUGCCUCCAUUAACCAGAUGAACGACCAAGUCUACACGAUCCUUCAAUCCCUUACUCAAGAAACCGAUUUCUUCUCCUACUACCGCCUCAACCUAUUCAACAAAGUCUGCCCAUUCUGGCAAGACUCCGACAGCAUGUGCGGGAACAUCGCCUGCUCCGUGACGACGAUCGAAUCGGAAGAAGACAUCCCGUUGACGUGGCGCGCGGAGGAACUGAGUAAACUCGAGGGUCCCAAGGCCGGCCAUCCCGGUCGGAAGCUACAAAAGGAGCGACCAAAGGAUCGACCCCUCCAGGGCAUGCUGGGAGACAACGUCCGGGAGAGCUGUGUGGUCGAGUAUGACGACGAGUGUGAUGAGCGGGAUUACUGCGUCCCCGAGGACGAGGGAGCUAGCAGCAAGGGGGACUAUGUCAGUUUGGUGGACAAUCCGGAGCGGUUCACGGGAUACGCUGGAGCCGGGGCCCGGCAACUCUGGGAUGCGGUCUACCGUGAGAAUUGUUUCCUGAAGCCGGUUCCGGAGCUGGAGUCGUCUCCGAACCCUCAGUGGGGAGGGCUGGAGGCCGUCAAUGACUUCCGUAAUGUGAUUCAGAAGGAACUGAAGCAUGCGGAGGGGUUGCCUCUAGACAAUGAGUGUUUGGAGAAGCGCGUCUUCCAUCGUGUCAUUAGUGGAAUGCACGCCUCGAUUUCGACGCAUCUCUGCUGGGAUUACUUCAACCAAACGACGGGACAGUGGCAUCCGAAUCUGCAGUGCUUCAAGGAGCGACUGCACGACCACCCGGAGCGGAUUUCCAACUUGUACUUCAACUACGCACUCGUGUCUCGGGCUGUGGCGAAACUACGGAAGCACCUGGAGGGAUACACCUACUGCACCAGCGAUCCUCUCCAGGAUGCUGAAACGAAAGCGAAGGUAUCCACGCUCACCAAAGCUCUUGCCGACCGGCCCCAGAUUUUCGACGAGAAUAUCAUGUUCCAGGAUCCCAGUGCCAUCGGCCUGAAGGAAGACUUCCGCAACCGAUUCAGGAACGUCAGCCGCUUGAUGGACUGCGUGGGGUGCGACAAAUGCCGACUCUGGGGUAAGCUCCAGGUCAACGGGUACGGGACCGCCUUGAAGGUCUUGUUCGAAUACGACGAGACGAAGAACGGCGAGAACCCCUUGCUUCGGAGGACCGAGUUGGUGGCUUUGGUCAACACCCUGGGCCGCAUUUCGCACAGUCUGGCCGCUGUUCGCAGUUUCCACCGCGCCAUGGAUCUGAACGACGGUGAAGUGUUUGCCAUCCAAGCGGCUCCGGGCUCGCGACAGAAGAACCCCACUGGCGGGAACACGAAACGGCUUUAUAAAGAUGGUGGUUCGACUUUCUACUAUGAAAAUGACGAAGACGAUUUCGCAUACGCCACUGAAAAGCUACCGUGGGAGCGAGCCAGAGCGCGACGUGAGACUGACACGGUCAUGGACGACAUCAAGGCCGAGUUUGCCGUGGUAUGGGACACCUUUGUCUACGUUGGGAAGUCAUGGCUCAAUGCUCCUCGAACUAUAUGGGACAUUUGUGUCCUGGAGAUCAACCGGCUCUGGAGUUAUUGGUUGGGUCUUCCAGUGCCUCCGCGCUCCUGGAGAAUCCGGCUUCCUGGUACUCCGGUAGCCAACAGCCGUGAUGAGCUAUGA